UUCAUGACGUAGUGCAAAAGGCCAAUUUUCGGGCAAUUUUGCUCGACUUUGCUGGUUGAAUGGGAUCGAACCUGUGACACCUGAAGGAUCCGGCGGGCCGCGGGGCUGCAGAGGAGCCGGCGUCAUUACAUAUUAAGAGCCGAAGCGGAUCCGGAGCCUCCUUAUCAAUGCAAAUGGCUCUUUUGUGCGCAGCCACAGAUCCUGUCUGGGAGCUGAGAUGAAUUUUUAAUUAUGUGUGACUGAAACAAACUGUGACACGGAGCUGCUUGAGAGAGAAUCCCGGGGAUCAGCCGCACGGACGCGGAUGCCAGGACAGCAGUGACGGUGGUGGAGCAGCGAGCCAUGAACUCCCAGGAUCUCCCUGCCCAAGAUGCCCCCCCCACUGUGAAUGAGCAGGUCAUUGUGAUGUCCGGCCAUGAGACCAUCCGCGUGUUAGAGGUGGAGGUCGAUGCUCCGCUGCCAUUGACAAUAACCAAUGUUAAGAGUGAAGGCAAAACUGUGGAUGGAUUGGUUCAGGCCACAGAAGAGCCAGCUGAGGGCGGCGGCGGCGGCGGAGGCACCCAGGACAGCCCCCCUGCCCCCCAGAGCAGUGAGGGAACAGUGCUCGCUGAGCAGCAGGUGGUGUCUGUUGAGGCUCCGCCCCCUGCUGUCCAAACGCUGACCCCUGCUGUUCCCAUCAGUGUGUCCCUGACGCAGCCACAGGCCGCCAUGCCCAUCACUGUACAGGGCUGUCCACAGGUGCUGACCCAGGAGAGUCUGGCUGCGUUGAUGACCGGUAUGAUGGCCCAGACGGGGUCUCUGGGACAGCCCCUGCUCAUCCCCCUGAGUAUGGCCGGCUCCCUGGGGGGCCAGGGCAGCUUGGCUCUUCUCACCCUCCCCACCACCAGCUUAGCUUCUCUCCCUGGGCUCACUGCGGGCAACCCGGCUGCCAACCUCCUCAAGCUGCCCUUCGCCGGCCUUCAAGCGACCGUCCUGAACUCCAUCCACCCUCAGCUCCAAGCCAACGCACAGACGCUGUUCCAGCCUCAAGCCGCCUCCCUGCAGCCGCUCCAAGCAGCUGUGCAGCAGCUGACGUCUCAUCCCACACAGGUGACCAGCGCCCAGGUCACUGCUGCCCAGGUGGCGGCCGCCCAGGCGACCCAGGCCAGCUUCGCUCAGUCCAACAUAUCUCUGGCAGCUCUGCAGAACGCAGGACUCUCCAUCAACCCGGCUAUAAUCAAUGCUGCUUCUUUGGGAGGACAGCCCCAGUUCCUGAGUUCCCUCACCUCCACCCCCAUCAUCACCAGUGCCAUGUCCAAUAUGGCGGGCAUCACGAGCCAGAUCAUCACGAACGCCCAGGGACAGGUUAUAGGAACCCUCCCGCUGCUGCUGAACCCAGGCUCUCUGGCUGGAGGGGCUGCGACCUCCACCCUCCAUGGUCUCCAGCUCCAGACUGUCACCCCACAGCUGCUUUUCAACACCCAGGGUCAGAUCAUUGCCACGUAUGGGAACGGACCGGCCACGGCUGUCACCUCCGCCGCGGCGGUUCUGCCCAAAGCCGCCGCUCCUCCGACGCUCGCCAAGCUUCACACGCAGCCUUCGGUAACCACGGUCACUCAGUCUCCAGUCGUCAUCGCCCCGCAGCCGUCUGUCCUGAAGACGACCGCCACGCUCUCCCCCCCGGUCCCCAUCACCUGUGGAGAGAUAGCGAAAGUGGGCCAGCUUGUCGGCAAACCCCAGCAGGUAGUCAGCGGCGAGGAGGGCAUUAAUCUGGAUGAGAUCCGCGAGUUUGCCAAGAAUUUCAAGAUCCGUCGGCUGUCCCUGGGGCUCACGCAGACACAAGUAGGGCAGGCGCUGACCGCCACUGAAGGUCCGGCUUACAGCCAGUCGGCCAUCUGCAGGUUUGAAAAGCUGGACAUCACCCCAAAGAGCGCUCAGAAGCUGAAGCCGGUGCUGGAGAAGUGGCUGGCCGAGGCCGAGCACUGGAACCAGAAGGGCCAGCAGAACCUGAUGGAGUUCGUUGGCGGCGAACCUUCCAAAAAACGCAAGCGGCGCACAAGCUUCACACCGCAGGCGAUAGAAGUCCUGAACUCGUACUUUGACAAGAACACGCUGCCGACGGGUCAGGAGAUCACGGAAAUUGCGCGAGAGCUGAACUACGACCGAGAGGUUGUUCGCGUUUGGUUCUGCAACCGGCGACAGACGCUGAAAAACACGAGCAAGAUCAAUGUCUUCCAGGUUCAGUAGCGACCUCGUCCUGGGAGAGGUCGCCUCGGAUCCUUCGUCCUUUUUUUGAAAGCGGAGCAUUUAAUAUGAAGACACAGAUGUAAAUAGUUGUGUAAAUAUGAUUAAAACUCUGUAAAAGCUGAGAGAAUAUGAACUUUUUUGAAAAUAUGGAAAUUCACGAUGGAAGGUUUAUGAAAGAUUAGCUGAAAUAAGUUCCUAUUGUGUUUGAAGUCAAAGUGCAUGGUCCGCUCAUCAUAUUUAAAAACAUUUUAUGAACUUUUGUACAAGUGGUUUUAUAGGCUGACGUUCUGACUUCUUUCAAGUGGGAGAACACUUAUUAAUAUUGAGUUUAAUCCCUUUUUGACACAUGACUGACAUUCUGCUGAUCUCUGUGUGAUGUGCUUUUACCACCACGGAUGUUUUCAAAUGUUUAUCUCCUCAUUCACUUUAUAUUCACGUAAGAUUCAGACAGAGAUGAGACUGUAGACUGUAACCUGCAAGCUGUCUAAGGAAUGCCAAAAAUUACAUUGUCCUCUAUUGACUCUGGACAAUCGUCAUUUUGAUAUUUGUUAUUGAUAAUCACAGAGAUUUAUUCAAAAUCUGUCGUAAUUUCCUGUAGUUUAGCUUCGAUCAUUUCAUUCAGCAGUAAGACAGACGGUUGUUCCUGAUGUUCCACAGACAACAAACAGGUUCCUAUCACAAUGAUACUGUGGCUCAGGCUCUUGACCUUGAUAUUUCAGUUUCCUAUAAAGUGUUGUUUCAUUUGCGAGUUACUGAAAUACACAUACUGUAUGUGGCUGACACAAACGUUUGUGAAUAUAUCACUGUCUGACUUUAUGCUUUCUGUUUAAUGCGCUUAUCAUACUCUGAGAGUAUUUUGUAUUUUCAUCUGUUCAUCGUUGUUCCUUCAAUGCUUCGACAGUGUUUCAGUGACAUUUUUCUUUUCCAGUUACCUAAUAUUUUAAAAAACAGGAACUUAAUUUAAACGUUUAUUAAAUUAAAUUAAAUUUUUUCAGACUCUUCCCUCAUAUUAAACCUAAUAUCAGUCAAAUUUAUUUACUGAGUUAAAAGAAGAAGAAUGAACUGUUUUACUUUGUGGUUGAUGUGUUCUGACUUUCAAUCUGAAUGAGUAUGAAGACGGUUUCUCAUGUGCAGUGUGGAGUUAUGAAAUGUAAGAACAAGACUGGCAGUUAUUUUUUGUUAUCUUUGCCAAUUCUUUAAGAAUUAUUUGCACUUUAGUGGAAGUGGGCGUGUUAUGGAUGGUGUGUAUGUGCAGUGCAAGAUUUCAGUUAUGUUUUGUGAAAGGAUUUCAUUUCUGUGUUUAAAGAGUUUUUGAAAAGCAGAACUGCAAUCAACUUGACAAUUAACAUCUUUUAUUAAGUUUAAUGUUCUUCUUAUGCAGAUGAAAUGUAAAAUACUGCAGUUUAACUAUAACUUUAAUUUUUAUUUGUUUGUGAAUGACACUUUGAAUGGUGCAUUUUAUGUUCCACCAUAUGUUUGCCUUUUUAACAACGAUACAUCUACAUUGCAGUGGACAUAUGGUUUGACUUACAAUGGAAACAUUAAUAUAACAAAGAACUUUAACAGGUUUUAACUUCAUUUUCAAUAUGGGAAUACAAAAUAUACAACAUGGUUUAAUAUACUAAGAUACCAACAGAGAAAAAAUUAGCUUAAUUAAUUAAUUAAAUAAGAUAUCAGCUUUCAGUUUUUUGACUCUGCAAAGCACAUAAGAAGUUAAGGUCAUGCUUUUCUUUGUCAUUUUCUGUCAAAUGAUUC